GGCUUCGUCGGAGCAACUUGGUCUGCGCGCGCGCGCGCGUUUUUACUUCGCCGAUCGCGUCGUUUCGAAAUUCUAGGAGUAAAGGAGUGAAGGAGAGCGAGUCAUCGAUAGACGCGCGCUUCUCGAGCGAACUGCGUCACCUGCCGAAUGUUACAUUUGUAAGGAAAUCGAGAGAAAAACCGAGUGAGUCGACAAAGCCGCGAUCGCGUGGGUCUCGAUUCCGUUGAGCGUCGCUCACAGUUGUGCGCGACGCUUCGUUGAGGUAGCUUCGUCAGGUAGCGAGCGAGGUUUCGAAGGAUUUUCUUGGACAUUUUACAUGCCUAGAAAACUGGUUUGUCGUGAUAUCGUUCAGAAUUCCAUUCGAGAUAAUAUACGUGAAAACCAGUGACGACGGCGAUAUAACUUCUUCGAAAUUGUCGGUUAAGGAAGAGGGAUCUUUCGACGCUACAGAGCGUUUCAUCGUUCAGUGGCCUUGUGGAAACGACGGGGAGUAGUGACGCAAUUCCCAUACUCCUGCCCGUAUCUCGGAAAGGAAGGAAAAAUCUGUGAUGACGGCAACGGUGCGGCUUUGAGACGGUGUCUCUCCUCACCUCGGCCGGUGCGACGCGUGUGCGGCAGGCGCAUGUUAUGAUGGUGUACGUGAGAUCGUGCGUCCGGAUCGUUCGUGAACUCGGCAACAGCCUGUAGCCUCGUGGCAGCUGGUGGUGUUUGCUACGCGCACAAGGGAAAAAAGAAGUGGAAGACAUCAAUACGGACGAGGACUCGUUUCGGAUUUCGACGCCGCCGGACCGACCAUGUGGAUCUUUGGGAAUUACUCGAGGCGAUUGACCGUUAUCGGAAUAGACAUGAGCAUCCUUCUCUUUAAUGGGUUUCUGUUACUGGGCUUCGUCGUGGCCGUGGAUGUCCUGCCUCCAGACAUGCGUGGAGUUCUUCAAAUUGUGGACCGGAACCCAGUCCUGAUAAAGAAAUGCACCUACAGCAAAGUCUAUUCGAUGCUCGAGGCGCAGUGCUCCAAGAUGGAACUGGAUAACAUCCCGUUUAAUCUGAAUAAGGACGUACAGGUGCUGGAUAUUACCGUGAAUCGACUGAGGGAUUUGAGAAACGACACUCUGGCGCCUUUCAAGAGCUUAGUUUAUCUCUACUUGGGUGACAAUUUUAUCCAGAACAUUGAAGAAGCGGCUUUUCGUAAUCAACACUAUCUCGAGGUAUUGGAUCUCUCGAAGAACGGUUGUGACGAAGUGCCGAAAAGCCUUUUUCAAUUGCCGCAUCUCCGCACGCUCUACCUCGGUAACAACAAACUCACCGACUCCGUGUUCAAGAUGGAAGUGAACUCGCCUCUCAAGAUGCUACAACUGACGAAGAAUAAGCUCACAAAGAUUCCGAAUAUCGGCUUUAUACCGACCCUCCAAACUCUCAAUCUGUCCGACAACGUCAUCACCACGGUCAGUACCGAGGACCUGGCACCGUUUUGCUCCUUAAAAGCGCUCGAUCUGUCCAGAAAUCCAAUUCGAUUUAACGACGGUAAUUGCGAGUGCCAGACAAUGACCGCCUGGUUGAAGGAACGCAAGAUCAACGUAAACUCGGACUUUGUCAAGUGCGCCGCGACCAACGACUGUGCAAUCAUCAACGUCCAAUUCAGCAAUCGGACAUACGAGCUGUACAACACGUGCUCGGUCAUCAUCCAGCAGAAGGUAGAAACCGAGAAGGCCCGAUCGGUGUGGAUACUGGUAGUCUCAUGCGUCUCGGUGUUCCUCUUCGUGGUCUUCGUCGCGUUGUUCUGCGUGCACAAACGGAACCGCAGGCGGCGCAAGAAGCAGAAGGAGCAGCAGCAGCUGGCAGCGAACAACGCCAACACCGAGCUGCUGAACAGCAAUUUGACAGUUGGCAAUUCGUGAAAUAAUCGCCGAGAGAUCGUGCAACAGGCGAAAGUUGCGGAGGAUCCUGCGGCGACGCUGAGCAAAGUUUUACACGACCCGGCGAGUUAGGCGUUAUCUUCUUAUAAUCUUCGCAAAGUUGCCCUUCUCUAUGAAUUACUUUCGAUGGCUGUUUCUCCCGCUUUGCAAAAUCUCGUCUUAAAUAAUUAAGGCGUUAUCUUGAAAAAUUAACGAUGUUUAAGGUAUCUGACAGUGCGACCUGUUGAUGUUUAUUGAGAGUUUAGUCGCCUGAGUCAAAGAGUUUAAUCGGAUAUAUCAACAGAUACGUGCUAUUGAUUGAUACCCAAGUAUCAAUUUGUAUUUGAUCAUCAAUUCAUCGCAACGUUCAAUAAACGUGGGAUUAUUGCUCACAUGCUAUUGGAGCAACUGCCAAUUUUCAAUAUUUUUCUCAAAACUUGUAAUAUCUUUCAAAACAUGUGAGCAAUAAUCCCACGUUUAUUAAACGUUGCGAUGAAUUGAUAAUCAGAUACAAAUAAUACUUGGGCACGUAUCUGUGUGUGUGUGUGUUUGAUAUAUCCGAUUAAACUCUCAAUAAACACCAACAGGUCUGUCAGAUACUUUGAACAUCGUUAAUUUUUCAAGAUAGAUAACGCCUUAAUUAUUUAAGACGAGAUUGCUAAGCGGGAGAAACAGUCGUCGAAAGUAAUCCAUAGAGAAGGGCAACUUUGCGAAAAUUAUAAGAAGAUUAUUGUACUUAUAAGAUAUAAAUGCGUUAACUUAUAAAAUGUGUAAAUGUUCUAUAUUGUGUUCAUAUAUAAUGGUUACGAUAUAUGCAUAUAAAAUCUAUGUGAACGUGACGAAUUUUCAAAGACUCUGCGUGUUUCGAGUUGUAUCAAUAUACUCUGCGACGGUUGCCGAUUGUGAUUCCGACGCUAGUCGGAAAUGAGAAUCUCAUAGCCGAUCGCUUUCAUUGUCGUCGCGUGCUUUUGUCGAUGUUAUAGCGAUGCGAAAGGUGCAUUUAUUGUACGGUUUACGGUACUUAAGAAGAAUUUUCCUUCACAGGAUUUUGCGACGCCAAAGCGUAUUUUUUUCGUCCAAGUACAACAGUGCGAACAAUUGUUAACAGUUUUAUUUUUCAGCUCUGAGCACUUUCUUUUCUUACUUUACAAUUUUGUAAGACGCUUUUAUUUAUUUCUUAAGCAAUUAGAUAAGUAAGUACUUUAUGUGUGCUUAUUUACAUAUAAUGAUGCAUGUCUAAUGAUACAUGUAUGUGCGUCACUUUAAACUUCCAAAAAUUAAAUGCUUACGUAUUGUUAUGCUGACAUGUACAUGUCAUCAUAACAAUACGUAAGCAUUUAAUUUUUGGAAGUUUAAAGUGAUGCAAGCUAAGUCGCUGAGUGUCCAUUCAGCAGGAAAGUAGCUUCUUUUCAUAGUUUAGUCUCGUAACGUGAACUUAAUUAUUAUGGAAAUGCAUGGAAAGUCAAUAUUUUUUUUCUUUUCGUUUUUAAAGCAUUUCCGUUGCAUAAAUAUGUAUAUAUAUUAACAUGAAUUUUUACACAUACCUCUGCUGAAAGAUAAAUAAUUAAGUUAUACAUAAUGAUGCAAUUCCUUUUCAGAGUUAAAAGGAUAUGAUCGUCACCACAUUUAGUUCCUAAUACUUACGUAUUUAUUUCACAUAAGUGCGGAGAAAGGAAAUCAUGAUUUUAUCGUAUACACAACCGUGUCGUCGAAAUAAUAUUGUAAUAAAUAUACAUGACGUGAGCAUUACGAUAUGUCCAACAAUUUUUAUACUAAUUUCCAUAUUACUUUUUAAUAGGUAAAACCUUUAUAUAUUAUGUACUGUGUGUACAAAGAUAUUAAUAAAAAUGGGAUCUAAUAAAUCGUUUUCAACGAGAUUUUGAUGACUUUGACACUCUUUUUAACAGGUCUGUUUGAUAAAAAACUUUUUAUAUAUCUAAGUUGAUGUUUAUGUACUGUAAGGUGAUAGUAUACCUAAAUAUACUGAAAAAUUCAAUAUGAAAGUAUACUCAGUCAUUUAAAAAUCACAUAUUAUUUUCACAUAUAUAUUUUCAAUUUCUUUUAUUCAAUUAUGUAAAAUCCAUAUUCAGGAAACACAAUGGUUAUACAAUUUCAAACUUUAAUUGGCUCUGCCAAAUCGUGUUUUUCUAAUUAGAACUCAACUGGAAUUGAAAUAAUUGAGCUUCCGAAUUUAUUUCGUCGAUUUUUUAAAUUAAUUUAAUUAAAUAAAUUUUAAUUAUACUCCCUUGAUAAUUGUAUCUAAUUCUUAGAAAAUUUUCGCACAUUGCAUAAUCUGUGUUUUCUGAAGGUAAUGUGCAAAAUUUUAAAUAUUUUUGUGUAAUUAUUAAAACACACAAGACGUAGUUUUAUUGCCAAAAUGGGAUAUAUUUUUAAGCAGAUGCAUUUUAUUACAAAAUUAAUUGACAUUGAAAAUAUUAACGGACUAAUUCGUAAUUCACAUAAGCUUUCCCACAGUCCCAUAUUGUCGUGGUUAAAAAAGCAAAUAUUGCUGAUCUAACCGCUCAAUUAAAUGUUUUCCAUUGAACAAAA